AAAGCUUCAAAUCCAACCAGUCGAUCACGAAACCGAAACAUACCCAACUUCCGACUUCGAAAGGAGUCCGUGAUUCUUCAGAAUGGGGAAACGACAGUUAAGAGGUGCAGAAAAUGGGGACGGGCCGCGCAAGAGGCAACGCGUCGUCCACGAGGCUCCGACGUCCGAGGUGAUACACACCAGUCGCCAAUUGAGGCAGCUCCUCGCGUUUGAUCCAGAUCUUGGGCGUUCGAGACAUGGGCUCCAAUCAUUCAAGCUCCUUCUCGAUUCUUUACUAUCCCGCGAUGACGAUACCGACAGUGCUGAGAAACGCCAACAGCAUGAACUACGCUUUACGAUCGUCAAGGAAUAUUUACAGUCCACGAAACCGACUGAGGACGACGAAAACUCCACAUACCUCCCCGAUAUCAUGCAAACAUGGAGUCACGCCGGCCAAGUCAACAACGAGAACCUCCUUUCUGCUGUACCGGUCGUCCUCGCGCUGCUUCUAAAACUGCUGUCACAAAGCCUUGAGCUUACGCCAAUCGGAUUGGGCAUUUGCAGAACCUUGUUGCAAAAACGUCAGCAAGAAUUGAUAUCCCGCAGCUUGUCGGCCGACAAAGGAAAAGCUUUCAUUAUCUCGCCCACCCUGCGUAUGCUCAGGGAGGCGGUAUGCUUCGAUGGGGGUGCUAUUGCUCGGCCAAUGUUCCGCGCUAGAAUGUCGAUGCUCAAGUCAUUGGCACGAAACAUGGGGAUUGUUCACAUCGGCGAGGAACCUGAGGACAUCAAGAAGCCUUCUCCACGCACAAAUGCUGUCCAAUUCUUCCUGAGCGCCCUCAAAUACUUGCAUCCCGAAGCCAAAAAGGAGCUGCUUGCGCAAAGGGACGUCGUUACUGCCCUCACAAGAGAUAUCAAGCAAGAUCUGCCUUACCUGGUGCUAGAUCUUCUCAAUGGGUUAAGAGACUAUGUCCUACUUGACAGCAAGGUUCCUCGGGAGGCCAAAUCCAAUCUGCUCAGUUCCACUACAUUGAUCAAGAUAUCGGGUCUAUACUACUACCGUCAAGCUAACGACGAUCUCCCGUCUAUACCAGACGCCGCCCAUGACUUCCUCAUGACCGCGUGCGCCAACCCAUCAUGUGGUGUUCUCAGACAGGAUACCGGACUCUAUCCCAGAGAAGCGGAUCCGAACGCGGCUAUCCCCAGCGCGGAUCUUGAAGAGCUCGGGCUGGAAGCUAUUGUGUGGAUGAACAAGUUCAAAACAGAGGUUCCCGUCCGCAACUUUGUUCUGUCAAACUUGCUCCAAAAUCUUCGCCCAUGGUCAAGCGUAAAACAGAGUGAGCUGAUCACUUCGAUCUUCAAGGUUGCGCCCGAGCUGAUUGCCGACUUCUUCAUCAAGAACAAAUCAUUUACCUUCGAACCCAAGCUGUCUGCGACAUGGAUUGGAUAUGCAGCAUUUUUGUUCAAUACGGUAGCGCUGCCGUUGCCUGAGUACUUUUGCCGUGGGUCUGGCUAUGCCGAACUACCUCCCCCGACAUCCAUCGUCAUGGACAACAUCCUUCCUCUUCCCCUGAACCAGAAAGCACUCAGCCGCUGCUUAACAAACAAAUCCAGGAUGAUCUCCUUCUUUGCGACCCGAAUACUCAUUCUGGCGGUGCAGAAGCUCGAUACAGCUGUUAAAAUGCACCAAGACCCAGCUCACAGCUCAAAGUUUCACAAUAACCAAGCGCUCUGGACAGAAGCAGCCCGCCGGUUAAUUGACGAAUUCUGCCAAAGGAGUCCAGGCAUCAAGGAGAUGAUCAACUCGUACAGAUCUAUCCCAGAAGACGAUAUCUUGCACCGUGAGGCUGCCAGUCAACUAUUGCGCUUGUACUACGAGGUGAUCCCGCAGGUUGCGCUUAUGGCCAAGUUCGACGUCGCCCCAUUACUAGAGACAGCGCUCAGAAGAUUGUCCAAGCAGAAACAACAGAAGGAGACUCGCUCAGAAGAGGUCGGUGAGGAUGAUCCUCGUGACUUUGCGCUAAGCCUAAAAGAACUGGAGAAUCUCCUGGCGAUUGCAGGAUACUCGCCAGGUAUGAGGUGGUUUACGGCGACAGAGCAGCUUACUCUCUCACCGUUUUUAACCCUGCUGAAGGUCUAUGUCGAGGCACCCCAUGGCGUUUCAUUGGCACCGGUGCGGCAAGUUCUCGACUUCGUAGCGGUGGAGCAGCAGGUCGUUCCGGCAAAGGAUAAGGGGCAUCCGGGAAUUUCUGUUCUUCUCGAGACUCUCAAGGAGCUCAUGGCGUCGUCUCCUUCAUCACUUGCUGUAUUGUGGCCUUUCUUGGAUAAGUGCCUCACUCGCUGUACCACCGCACCGGUCAAGUAUCUCGAAAUGCUGCAAGAUCUAGGACCCAAGGAUGCAGAGGACGAGGUACGUACUGUCAACCCGUUGGUUGCUGCUAUUAUCGAACAACUGCCUUUUGCUGCCAAGGCAGCGGACUCCAAGAGUACACUUGAUGGACUCGGCCGUUUCUUGCCAAAGUUCCUCGGGUACUCGGCAGCUGCUGGAGAGAGCAAGCCUUUGCUUGAGGCUGCGCUUGCAGUCAUGUCUGACUCUUUUGCCAAGGGUCUAGGGAAAUCAUUGGCUGUGCCCAAAAAACACCCAUUUAAGCAAGCAGGAGUUGGGAAGUCAAUCCAAGCCAAGCAAGACAGGAACAAUACAGCAGCGAAUGGGGAUAAACCGGAGUCUGGUGAUGACAUCGCCGCCUUGGACAGCGAGCAGUUGGAGCGUGUUCUCGAUGUUCCAGACAACCUGGCCACCGAUAACUCAGCACUUGUCAAAUGGCAAUCCAAGUCAGUGGACGAGCUUGUGGACGAAGGGUACGCCAUUUCCCUCAUCAGCCUGCUUGCCUCUGAGCACGCCAGUAUUAGGAAGGAAGCACUCGUCAACAUCCUCAAAAUGGCAUCCAAGGUCCAGCAAUCCGAGUACGAGGAAAAGGAGCAGAUCUGGUUGUUGUUGUCAGAGCUCGCCGAAACCGCCAGGGUGGCAGCCGCAAGUCAGGCCAUCAAUGCAGUGGCGCCGCUCCCGAGCACCAUCGUUGCUUUCGCUUGCCAUGCCGUCAACGUCUUGCGUGACCCGACACACAGCCUCUAUCCCAAGAUCAACUCCUUCCUCACAAGGGGGCCUUUCUGGAGCGUGGACAGAGUGCCACUGGCGGAUGAAGUCCUGACCGAGGAACCCGCGGUUGGCGAUUCGUACUAUUCGCAGCUCAACUGGCUACUGGCAUAUCUGCUGGACGGCCUUAGAACAUCCAAGGACUUGGAAUUGUUCCACAAGAAGAGGGCAAAGGGCCCGCUGUUUGAGCGGUUGUUGGCGGUAGCAGGAAACCCAUACAUGAGGACGCCGCUGCGAAUGCAGGUCCUAAGGAUACUGUACCGAGCAUCCAAGAUCGAAGGAGGCAGCACAACGCUUGUCACAAGGUUCGGCGUAGUUAGUUGGCUAGAGGAGCUGCUGAAGAUGAAGAAGAGCAUGUCCGCAACGCAGAGUCAAGGUGGAGCAGGCACUGUUGUCAGCUCCGAGGACGAGGUUGCGGCAUAUAAGGGUCUGUUGAAGCGGAUUUGGGAAACUUGUGAUAAGGGAAGGGUUGAGGGGUGGAGUAAAGGAGGUGUCGAGAGCGUGAUUGUCUAGAGCACUCGGAAAGAGGGAUCAAGUGGAAUCACAGGGGUUGAUUGUGCACUCUGGAGUUUGAACAAAUUUCAGGAAAUUUCGGGUCAAUGGCGUGAACAUUCGAUUUUUGCUUUCAGAUCUUGCUGAGAUGCGUAGUGUAGAUGUAGAUAUCCUUGAUUGUAUACGAUGCGGAGUCGUACGUAACAAUGCUGUAAAAGGAGAAGUAAAGGGGUUAAUGAUCACGAUGGGAUCCCAGUCUAGGA